GUCACCCGAGGAAAACAUGUCUAGGACGUAAAAUAAAAUUCAGUUGAAUUUAUAUGCUUUGGUUUGCGUUAAAAAUAUGGCAUUCGUGUCAAAUGCCUUACGGACUUGUGGUUUAAUAUUUUACCUAUUUAACGUAUUGUGUUUCGCCGAACAUAGAUCGAAUGAGCCAUGGAUAGUAUCUUUUAAAAUAAGUGCAAAAGCUUGUGUUGAUUCAAAAUGUAAAUAUUUAUUACUGGUACAAGGUGGUGAGUUCCUUGGUCAUAACUCUUGGAGUUUAACCUCCAGUGAAGGUGCUAGAGGUGCUAACUGUGAUAUAUUGUUUUCUAAUUACGAAAUAAAAGAAGUUAAAACUGAAAAAUGGAUUUCUCAAAUGGAAGUGCUUGUGCCGAUGUCUGCUAAGAAAUUAUACUUUUGCUUGAACCACAGCGGUGGUAAGAAUCAUCCUUUCCAUGGAAGAUGGGUCCAUCAAGGCCAAUAUUUAUUUUUGGAUCCCGUAAAUGAUACGACUUUUACAGUAAAAGAGAAAACACAUACUCUUGGCGAUCAAGAGAUGAAAAUAAGUAAACCGAAUAAUGAAGGAAGUAGCUGGGCAGAUCUUUCCCAUGAUAUAGAUGUAAAUUAUAUUACAAAUGCUGCGAGACCCACACGAGAGGAACAGAAGGAUAUUGAAGUUUUGUCUGGUGAUAAAUAUGUACCGUUGGAUGAUGAGAAAGCUGAUGAAGAUGAAAAUAUAAUAGAUAAUGAUGAUCAAAAUAUGAAUGAUAAAAGGAAAUUACAAUAUUUAAAAGACGAUGAAAUGUUGAUUGGUAGUCGAUUUGUACCAAUAGGUGAAGUGAAAGUAAGUGGUAAUAGUGGGAAUCGUAACGAUGGUAUGGAUCAAAAUAUGUAUAGUAUCGAAUCCGAUGUCAGUAAUUUUUCUAAAAGAAAAUUACAAUAUUUAAGACAUUCCGUUAGAAAUAUAGCAUUGAAUGUACCUGAUAUAAAAGACGAUCUUAAGGAUGUAAUUAAUUCAGAUAUUGGUACUAAUGAACAUGAUUCCGAUAAAGAUGAUAGUUUUUUUAGCAUUUUCGAUAACAAUGAUUUAGUAAACGAUAUUAAUACCAAAGUAUUGAAUAAAAAAGUUAGCAUAGGAAGACUAAAAUAUAAUAGGAAAGAAAACGAUGAAAGUAAUUUUUCACCAGUACCUGAACAAGCAGAAAAGAAUGGCGAUUUUAAUGAUUUUGGAAGUAAGGGAAAAGCACUCAAAUCUCACAAGGGCAACGAUAUUGACUUUGAAGAGGUGCAAUAUUUUAGUGAUAAAAAUCCUGGAGGUAUGAGGGGUAAACGGCAGGUGAAUUUUGAUGAUUUUUCUGUGGUGAGAGCGGAUCCUGCUGUCCAUAUCGAUGGACUCAGAGUGGAAGUCUCGUCCAAGGAUCCGAAGUUCAGUGAUGACGGUAUACCAAGCGUGCUGGCUGAUUCAAAGGUUACACUACGGUUAUUCGGGCAAGGUUUGACCCAACGCACAGUGAUAGCUUUCACCUACGACGCCCUGGAGUACGGCCUGCCGUGUAAGUUUCUACUCAAAGGAGAGUACCUGGCUAAAGAAGACUCCGUUACAGCAACGUCAGCUCUAUUCGAGUUCACAGCCCCAUCACCAAUAUCCGCAUCCAAAUUAUACAUCUGCGCGAAAAACCUCAACCCAGGCAUAACAGACCCGACGAAAGAUGAAGACAAGUACUUACACCAAGGAAUGGAGAGUUGGAAGGUCAUAUCAACCCACGACAAAUUGCUGCCAUUGUGGGCCACUCUGGUGCUCAUUCUCUUCUGCCUGGGCUUUUCGGCGCUGUUUUCUGGACUCAAUCUUGGCCUGAUGUCCCUGGAUCGUACAGAGUUGAAGAUAAUCUCGAACACUGGGACAGAGCAGGAGCGAAAGCAUGCUCGUGCGAUAAUGCCGGUUAGGGAUCAUGGGAAUUAUCUGCUGUGCAGUAUACUCCUGGGGAAUGUGGCUGUGAACUCCACUUUUACCAUUCUCCUGGAUGAUUUGACGUCUGGGCUGUUCGCUGUGAUAUUCUCAACGCUGUCCAUCGUGCUCUUUGGCGAGAUCACUCCGCAAGCGAUUUGUUCCAGACAUGGUCUUAUGAUAGGAGCACGAACGAUUAUGGUUACUAAGGCUGUAAUGGCGCUAACUGCGCCCCUCGCUUUCCCAAUCAGCAAGUUAUUGGAUUACUUCUUGGGCGAGGAGAUUGGAAGUGUGUACAACAGGGAAAGACUCAAGGAGCUGGUCAAGGUUACAACAGACGUGAACGAUCUGGAUAAGGACGAGGUGAACAUCAUCUCCGGGGCCCUGGAGCUGCGGAAGAAGAAGGUGACGGAAGUGAUGACGAAGUUAGAAGACGUAUUUAUGCUGCCAAUCACUUCGAUCCUGGACUUCGAAACAAUGUCUGAGAUAAUCAAAUCAGGUUACUCCCGGAUCCCGGUGUACGAGAACCACCGCGGCAAUAUCAUCACGGUGCUCUUCAUCAAGGACCUGGCGUUCGUGGACCCCGACGACAACACGCCGCUCCGCACUCUCUGCCAGUAUUACCAGAACCCCUGCAACUUCGUCUUCGAGGACGUCACACUGGACAUCAUGUUUAAACAGUUCAAGGAAGGUCACAAGGGGCACAUGGCGUUCGUACACCGCAUCAACAGCGAGGGAGAAGGUGAUCCCUUCUACGAGACCGUCGGGCUGGUGACCCUGGAGGACGUGAUAGAGGAGAUGAUCCAGGCGGAGAUCGUGGAUGAGACGGAUGUGUUCUUGGACAACCGCACCAAGAAGCGGCGCAAUCGUCCUCAAAACAAGCUGCAGGAUUUCGCGGCGUUCGCGGAGCGUCACGAGAACCAGCGGAUCCAUAUCUCACCGCAGCUGACUCUGGCCACCUUCCAGUUUCUGAGCACCAGUGUCGAUGCAUUCAAACCGGACAUAGUGUCUGAGACAGUUCUGCGGAGGCUGCUGAAGCAGGACAUCAUCAGGCACAUCAAGGUGAAAGGCAAGAGUAAGAAGGAUGUCAACACUUUUGUGUUUCAACAGGGAAAACCGGUGGACCACUUUCUGCUGAUACUGGAGGGCAGAGUGGAGGUGACGGUGGGAAGAGAGAACCUAGUGUUCGAAGCAGGACCCUUCACCUACUUCGGUGUCCAGGCGCUCACCCAGAACGUGGGACUUGCGGAGUCCCCAACGCCAUCAGCCAUGGGAUCACUGCAGAACAUCAACAUGGACUCCAUGUUGCGGCACACCUUCGUGCCCGACUAUUCCGUUCGCGCUAUCACCGAACUCUAUUACCUAACUGUUAAAAGGACACUAUACUUGGCUGCAAAACGGGCGACCCUUAUGGAGAAGGGCGCGCUGUCUAAAGGCGCGAUAAACGAACAAUUUGACACUGAAGUCGAUAAGGUAAUCACACUUAUAUAUUUUAACGAGCAAUUCUUGUAUAUAUAUAAUCUGAAUCUCGGAAACGGCGCCAACGAUUUUAAUGAAAUUUAGUAUACAGGGGAUCUAGGGUGCGAGAAAUCGAUCUAGCUAGUUUUAGGU